CCUCCUCCUCCUCUUCUAUAGACUUUGGCGGGAUCGCGUCAGCAUGCUUGCUCUUCAGCUAUAUUCUCUCUCUUCGACUUUCGAUAUCGCGACUCGACCUCCAUCACUUAGACCUCACUAUUGAUCUUUUGCGACAACUCCGCUCUGGUCCUAUUCCGGCGACUGCCGCUCUCUCCCGACAUGGCCAGUAGUCGCCUCGCUUCCCUUCCUCCGCCAAUCCAGCAUACCAAUCUGGCGCGGUCUCGAUCUCCGGCCCGACCUGUCCCCGAUUUUGAACACAUUGAUCCCUUACUCGGGAGCCUUUCGCCCGAAUCGACUCUCCAAGCGCUUACCUCCACCAACGCCGUACCCAAGAACGAACAAGUCGCCCACGAUAUACUGUCCCGAAGCAUCGCUCAAGUCUCUCCAGCAGAGAGAGCCCUCGCAAUUCGCGCCGCAGUUGUUGCUCAGAAGUUAAAUCUGUGGUAUAAAGAAAUCCAAUCAUGGAGUUGGCCAAAACAGACCGAUGAUGAGAAAGGACGGGGGUUCAUACCCCCUUCGGACGCUACCGACGAGGAAUACUACGGUAGCUUGCCUGCCGCUGUGGUGGAAGAACACGAGAAGCGAAUUGAGGAAAUUCGAGAUGGAAUGGACGUGCUAGAUAUGGACGAGCUCAAAGAACACGUUCUCAACGCCCACAUUCCAGCUCGGUCUCGGCCUUCGUCAGCAAACAGCAGCUUAUCUGUUCCACCCCCACUGUCCUACGUCCAAUUGAGUGAUUUCACUACCGUGAUUACUGCCACUAUUCUCCGCGCUCUCCCUCUUCUAUCGCGUCUCACGAACCUGCUUUCCAUCUGGGCCGUUCGUCUGUUGGUCCUGCGACAAAUUCCCGCGUUACUUCGCAGCUUGCGCCUCGCGCGCUCGGAAUUGGAGGCUGCCCUGGACCUGUUAAAGUCUUCCAACCCUCCUAGUGAGAAAGACCCGUUGUUUUCCCGGUCCAACUACCAUGCAAAGCGCGCCCAGCUGGAAGCCACCGUUGUGUCUGCUGGUCGAAGAUUGGAUUGCGUGCUUGAUGCUCUAGAUGAGUGCGAAGAUUCUAUCCCAGACAACUGGAUUGAUGAUCUUGAAGGCAUUGAAUCAGAGUUCGGUGCUUGGACUAUGGAUGCAGAACAACGUACCGUUGCAAACGAGUGGCAGCGCAUGGCUACACUUGCCCAGAAGGGUGUCAAUUUUGAAAUAGGCAGGGACACGCUGAAACAAAUAUCUACUGACACUCCUCACGAUGGGAAUGAGUCUAUCAGUGCGUCUGGUCCGGUUGUACAAACAGGUCACUCCUUCCCUAUGGAAACCAUCGACGAAGAAGAAAUCAAUACACCUGUUGAGGCUACGCCCUCAGUCCAAGCGCGGAGCGACCUGGAAAGUGCUGGUUUAUCUUCGGUCGUUGAGUCGACGCCUUCAGACGUUGGCUGCAGUAUUUCACCUGCCCUCGCGGACGUGACCAACAUGCCUGCUGGGCUGAUUUCCAGCAACGUGACACCCAACAUUUCACAGACGUCUAUUGAAUCGAUGACUUGCCCGGUCCCUCUUGCCUCCUCUACAACCAGUGUGGAACAAGUAGAAAGUGCCCAACCCCCAGCAGUUGCACUUGUCUCCAUUGGCGUGGGGAACCUCAAAGAGAAGCCCUGCAUGCCAGGUCUUGAAUGUGAUCCUGACAAUGAACAUUUACAUGAUGAGUCAACUCACACGCAAGACCCAUUGGAUCGCUACAUAGUACCGCAAAUCGGGCUCCCUAUGGCAGAGCGAACAUCCUCAGCGUGCGAGGGAAGCGCCUGGCCUCAAGGGACUCGCUCCAAUGAAAAAGAAAUCGAGUUUAGAUCUGACGAACGGGAGGACAAUCCACUGUCCGUCAAGCAGGAUAUGUCAUCACGCACAGAAGAAUCCGGUUUACCUCCCGAGAGUCACAGGUCUCCCUAUCUUUCGCUUCACGAUGAUAACCUGCAACCACCAAGCAGCCCGCAGACGGACACUGGGAGCGUAAUCAUACGGCGGGCCGACAGUGCAUCCAUGUCUCCUCAAAACGAGGGAGUACGCGACCUCGAAUGCGAAGAAGCCAGUUUGCCUCAUCCCACAAACUCAAAUACUAGCCCCAUGGCUCAUCGAAGUCUGCCACUUUCAUCGAUUAUCGACGAAGAACCCGCAUUUUCCAUUGGGAUUGAUCAGCUUGCACCAGUCGAAAUCCCGACAACAAAGCCCUUUGAUCGGACAAAUUCAGUGACUGCCUCUGGCUCGGCUUCUGGCGGAACCUCAGCUGAAUCGGUAGUUGCAAAUAGCGACGAGCAGGACCCUGGCCAGUCUUCUCCCUUUGCUCAGAAAGAAACGAAUGACGAUCCCACUCCAAAGAAGCCUCUUGAGAGUCCGAUCAAAUUGUCUAAAUCUCGACCUGGUCCCUUGAUCUUCGAGAAGGAUCACGUCGGCUCUCACUCUAGACGCAUGUCGAUCGCUUCUUUAAUCUCAGACUAUCCAUCGCUUGUAUCAAGCCCAGAGAUGCGGGAACCACAUACCUCUUCAUCCAAUGGGACGCCGUUGCUUCUCGAAACCCCUCCGCCAUUUCAGGCAGGUUAUCAUUCCUCUGAUCCUGUAGCACCGGGCAGCGACCAUACGUUAAGAGAAGACCGCCUCUUCCGUCUCGACAGUCAGAAGGCGUCUCCGCGCACAGAUUUCCCCCACAACAGAAAUCUUAGUCUUCCCUUGCAGCGCUUUAUCAAUGAGCGUUUAGAGUUAACUUUUGGAGAAGAGAGCAGCGGGGGAUUUGAAGGCGCUACAACUCGUGAAAGGGCUUCAGACAUGUUUAUUGACUUGCAUUCUGGUCUGAAAAAAAAAUCUCCUUUACCGCAUCAGACUGGUGAAUCCUUGACCUCAGGGAAUAAUACGCAACGUUCCGCCACGGAGUCACCCGACGUUACUCGUGAAGGGAGCGGCAAACAAGGAACGGAUGGCCUGGCAAGGACACUUCGUGAAGCUUGGGAACAUAGCAAAAAUCCUGGCUCAGUCCUACAGGCAGCGCCUUUAGAGCAUUCAAGCACGAUGCGGCUGAAAAGACAAUUGACAUCACAUCCUAGUCUGGAGAGUAUCGGAGCAUACAGGUCGGAAGCUCGAUCUAACGAUGAUCCUUCAUCGAUCCCGGGCUUCCUCAAGACUGCGUCGCGGUCUUCUACUCCAACCACCCAGAUGAGAAAACCCAGAGAUCAUUUGGAUGAAAAAAUAUCCUCUAUUUUGACUGCCAUCGAUGCUCGUAUUCACUUAGUGUCCGCGGAUGGCCGCGAGCACGAUGGACAGUCGACAACAACAUCAUACCCCUUGAAGCAACGAGAGCGCUUUCGCUCCAUUUCCCCCCAGGGCUCACCAGCUCGUAGCAGCACACCUACCCCGUCGUUGACCAUAACGCCCGCUGUUUCGCGCCGGCGCUAUUCUCAUGCACACGCUCCAGAGGAGAGCUCCGUGAAGCUCUAUCACCUGCACCGGGGCGGCAAAUCUGCCCCAACCAAGCUUUUUGUACGGUCAGUGGGCGAGAACGGAGAACGCGUUAUGGUUCGGGUUGGCGGUGGAUGGGCAGACCUGGCAGAAUACCUCAGAGAAUUUGCCGUCCAUCACGGACGCCGACAUGUUUCGGACACGCCGCGGGUUGAGGUUCAGGGGCUUUCUACCCGUACGUCUCCCACGUCUCCACCCAGAAGUAGACUGGCACCUGCUGCUAAUGGACGGAGAUCCCCGUCACGGCCCCCAUCCGUCCUCAGUAAUCGACCAUCGUCGUCUUUGGCUGUACGCAAAACUCGGCGUACCUCCAAUGUGUCGGAUAUGACUGAGUUCCGCACCGCCAACACCGGCGAUGCGCUGAGUACGUCGUAUUCACCCAUGUCGACUGUCUCUUCGCGGCGUCGACUGUCAGUGUCGUCUAAUGCUUCGAUGGGCGCGUCCUCAGCGAGCGAAUUCCGGCAUGGGUCAUCGUAUUCUCCUACCAACACCGCCGCAGGCAGUAACGCCCACUCUGUCCCUCUCGGCCUCGCAGGGCCGCGUCCAAGACACGUUUCGAUCAGCGCCGAGAGUGAGGCAUGGGUCGAGGACGUGCUCGGACAAGCUCGAAGGAGCUCAUCCUUGCGCCCGUACACAUACGGGCUCGCGCCUCAGGAGCCGGAGCCUGUUUCCGAACGGGCGCCUCUUAUGAUAUCCAAAUCUCGGAGUAUCAGCGACUUAGGCACUGUCGGCUCUAGCCGACGUAUCGCUCUUCGCGGACUCGGACGGCGUUAACUUGGCCCACUCCCUUUCAUCCCUACUACCGCACAUACACACUGACAUACUGAUCAUCCGCCCUACCCCUUCCCGCCUCUUCUACCUCUACCUCUUUCGUGAUUAUCUGCUCUUUCUACUAGCACUGGCGUUGGCCAAUACCUGGGUCUUUUACAUGUUGGGUUUGGUGUCUCUAAUAAGAGGCAGGUGCAUCACAAAAAGUUAGGCAUUGUUUGACUUCAUUCCCAUGAUGUCUUGGUUGCAUUUGCAUUAGCAAGGCGAACAGGUCCUUUCGUUCUUUUCUUAUCUUUGUGUGUCUCAUCGACACAUGCCAGCCUUCGUUUCUGAUCUUGAUAUCGCCUCCUGGUUUGGUGCAUCAGCAGCGGCUACUUUACUUCGAUUCGUGUGAUUUAUUUCAUUUUCACUUGUUUUACUUUACCUUUGGGAAGAAUCCUAUCUCGCGCGGGUCCUGGUUGAUCCGCCAUAUCAGC